AUGAGAAUUCAAAAACCGGCCAGAUACAUGAAAAACUCAAGAAAUUUGGGAAAUUUCCGGAAGAUGCACUCCGUGUCAUCGGAUCAUCCACGCCAGGGCGUUUUGGUAGAUGAGAUGUACGGGGAUUUGCUGCCGCAACAGCCUACAGGAGUGUAUUUUUUACUUGAAGUGCACACUCAAGAGGCAGGACUCACACCUCAUGAAAUCGUGGAAGUGGCCGAUCAAGAACCUGCCGUCAAUGUGCAUGCAGACGUUGAAGUGGAAGAGAUUAUUCCGGCUCGUGAAAACAGUUACGGCGACCACGACCGCACGCAUCACGACGACGAGGACAUUGAAAUGCAUGAUGGAUGA